ACUGAAAUGCAGUUUGGUUUGGUCUGCCCCAUACGCGUGACGUCAUGAGACGCGUGCCGAUCAGCUGGGGAUGUAAACAUACGCCGGCUACUGGGACCGCUGGUGGCCAGCAAAUAUUCUUAUACGUUUCUUGGUGGCAAGUGUGCCGUGGUGCCCAGGCUGCACCGCGGGUCUUGGAGGUCAUGAUGCUGGUUCAGUGAAGACAUGCAGCACAUUGUAUUUCAGUGCCUUAGCAGUUGGUUAAAAGGGAAAGGGAGCAUCACAAAAUCCAGUUUUUUGUGGUAAUAACAAAGGAAUCCAAGAUGGCAAGUGCAUGGCAAGUCAGGUGUGUGUUGAGGGCAGCUGGGCGUUGGAAGUCAUCUGAGGUAUUGACAGGAGCACAGGGCAGCAUGUUCAGCCUGGUGCCUUCACUGAACACAGGACCAUUGGGCCUCACCAGGUCAUUGUUUGUGUGCAGCAGAUCAUUACUGUCACCACAAAGUUCACCAUCACUAAACAGUGGUGUCAGCCAGGCAAGAGUUCCCAUGGAGGCUUCAGGGAUCCUCACCCCGAAAUUGACAUGUGUUUGUGUCACUCGAGGAAAAUCCAAGAAAUCAAGAAAGAAUAAAUACAGCCAGAAGCAGUUUAAUUCCCAGAAUGACGAUGAUGAUGACACCGAAGAUGAGGAUGAAGAUGAAGACAUGAAACUAGAAACUGGAUCUGAUUUUAGAGAACUGAAAGCAAGAGUGCCAUCACUGCGCAUAGAUGCAAUCCUGAAGUCUGGACUAAACAUGUCAAGGAACAAGGUGGAGUCAGCUUUCUAUGACAGCAGAAUCCGAAUCAAUGGGAAGAAGCUCCUCAAGAAGAGUCAGCAGUGUCACAUGGGUGAUGAAAUUGAUGUGAUCAAGAUAGUGGCAAGAGACAACCCCAACAACCUGUAUGUGUCCCGAGUGGUGGUUGUGGCGUUGGGCGACACAGCCGAGGACGAGGAGAAGGUGACCGUCAAGUUGCGCCGCUACCCGAACCUGCUGGUGGAGUGCUACAAGGACUACAAGGUGCCACAGCAGGAGUGAUGAAGGUACAGAGAGAACAACAACCAGAAGAACAUGCAGGAAUUGUUGAGACUGUUAUUGUUAUUGUUUUCUUCAUGACAAGAGAGAACUUAGUAAAGAGGUGCAGUUGCUUGUAUACUGGAGACAGAUCAUGGCAGGGUUCAAGUAGAUUAAUGCUUUGGUAAUCUUUAUUUCUUGUUGAAAAUGGAACCUCAGUUACCGAACACCAACCUUUGUGAAGAAAUCAGUUUUCAAACAAAAUUUUUUACUCAUAAUUUCUUCAGUUGCUGUACCAUAAUUCAGUUCUUUUAACAAAAUUGCUUGAUUUCAAAUACUAAAAGACAUUACAAAACCUGCUAUUUAUUAUUAAUCUAUAGUUUCUAUAAAUAUUUCCUUUGUUUUUAUGUAUUUGGAUAAGACAGUAGUUCAGUCUUUGAAAAAAGUUAAAUGUGAUCCCAUUGAAGAACCUUGAUGUAACCAAACAAGGUUCGGCACUCAGGAGUAAUCUCGAGCCUCCUGUGGGUCUCUCUAUGACCCACAACGCCUUCAUUACUGCACAAUUACAUUUUCCCAGUAGCUUUUCCCAGCAGCAAGAGGUCCAAGUGUUAUGAUCACCUUUAUUUUGGCGCUGAGUGAGUUGUUCCUCUCUGUGUCACGUGAUUGGUGGUAAAGAGAAUACCUGCACUGUCUAAACAUUAUAUUCUGAUGAGUUCUGUGUCAGUAAGUUCAUUCAUUACACCCUUUCUGGAUAAAUAAUUUCUAAGCCAGAGAUGUUGUAGAGCAGCCAUCUUAGCAGUAGGAGCAUCAGUCAUAUCCCUCAUUAAGUCAUGGUGAACUGGUGUCUGAGAAUGAAUUAAUUUAUUUUACUUUAAUUUUUAUGGGGAAAAUAGUUUCAGUUUCCAAACAUUUCGGAUUUUGAACAGCAUUCAGGAAUUAAUUAAGUUCGAAAACCAAGGUUCCAUUAUACUUUCAACUUCCCUCCUCCCACCUUUCUUAGUUGAUUGUCUCUCAGGUUAACUUCCACAACCUACUGUCACCACUGGUAUUAAGUAAAACCUGUUUAUUAUUUUCACAAAGUAUUUGCUGAUUACCAUGUAUAUGUAUAUAACACUAAAUCCUAUUUUAGUUGAAAAGAACAUUGCUCAGCUACAUAAAGUAUUUCUUAAAUA